AUGAAAGAGUACAAGUCAGGUUCUGAAGCAAAGCCAAUUACAAAAUAUAAAUUUUAUGAGCAGAUGCAAUUUUUAAACAAAAUUGUGAGUCAUCGACCAACAGAAACAAAUAUGCCAUCUGCUGAAACCGACGUAGAAACCGCGGUCAAAGAUGACUGUUCAGUCCCAAAAAAGAGAGGGAAGAAAGAAGUUAAAGAGGAUCCCUUGAACAAAAGGAUUAGUAACCUACUAGACUCUUCCGAAAAAGAAGACAAUAGCAGAAUAAUAUGUUUUUUUAAAGGAAUUGCACCGACCAUAGAAAAUUUUGUGAUGCUGAUAUCGUAA